AACACUUGUUCCUUUUCAACCAGAGGAAGAUGACCAUGCUUUGGCAACGAGAGUUUGUCCACAAGUUUCCGUAAGUGAUGCCUUUCAUCCAGAUGCUCGGAUUAAAGACUUAUUGCAGAUCGAGCUCGAGCUUUGCGACACCUUGCUUGGAUGCAAAUCUGUCAAAUUUAUUAUAUACCAGGAUUCAGCGUUACGUUAUUUGUCUACCAGUAUUUAUAACUGAUGUCUUCGAUCAUUUUCUAUAGCAAUUUGAUGCUCGACUCUAUCACCUUGUCAGUGAGUUAAAUAUCAUUCAAUACCACCAGUGUUUGAGCUUCAGAAGUCGGGAAUCAAUAUUUCAUCCAACUUUGAGCAAGGUAGUAAUUAUUUUGCUGACUAGUACUUCAAUAAUCACUAAUUUGACAAUUGUCUUAGUCAGUUUGAUUUUAACCAUCGGAUUAUGAAAUGGUUUGAAACUCAACUCAACUGUUCAUAACCGCCAUCAGCGUAUUGCAUUCAUAUUCAUAGUGCUCAUCACCAUCAUCACUUCAGUACCACCGCCAUCCGCAUCAUUGUCAGUGUCGUCAUAGCAACGGGAUGAAAUAUCAAACUAUUGUCUCUCAGUGUGUCCCUAUAGAUCUCCUGCAGAGUAUACAGGGAAAGGAAACAUUAUUCUAUACCUGCUGUUUUUGACCGUCAUACCAACUAUUUUGAAACUUUAAUGACCAAGUUCACCUUGAGAUGUGUGGUUAUGAUACAUCUCUGGUCUGCUGGCAUAAACUGCGUUCAGAGAGGACGAAAACGAGGAGUGUAUAACUAUAAGGGAUAGAGAGGGACCAAGGAAAAACAAGACAGUAUAGUGGGUGCUUAUACGAGUUCCUGAAUCCCGUCAUUCCUGGUACGAAACGAUUGCAAGGAUCAACACUUUUGAAACUCUAAUACCGUCUCCAGAUCUGAAGAAUCAGGAAUCAGUUCUUUAAUCGUUUAGUGGUUUCCUCGAAAGAAUAUCAUGUCGGUCGGGAAGUCAGAAUCGCUGCUGCGUCGAGACGCUCGCGCAUUCUGCAACAAGAGUAACCAGCGGACAAUCUGGGAAGCUCGGCGCGACGAACGUCGUACGAACCAGCAGCUCGAGCGAGAACUGCGUCACAUUGAGCGAUCCAAGUCGUACCGUGAGCGUGAACUAGAUCGCGAUCAGGUCAAGUUCCUGAACAACUUCGUGGAGAUCUUCCAAAGGCAGUGCGACAUCGUCGCCCAGCGAAAGUCACACGUCGUCGACGUCGAGACGGUGAACCGAGACGAGCAUGAAGACGAGACCAGUCAGUACGAUACCUACGAUGAGUAUCUGGAUGGAUCAGGACAAGAAACGAUGACCAUCACGACGUUGGAUCAAGUGACGACGGAAGCAGCAUCUGGUGUCCAGGACAAAGCUGAGGAGAACCCUGAGAUUCUCCUGGUGGCACAGAUGAACCGACGAAAGCUACGGAUACACAGGGAUUCCCUCCUACCCAUCAUAUACUCUCCAUGCCCGUCCGAAGAUGACUCGGCACCCAAGUUCUCGAGUCGGCCGAAUUCACCGAGACCCCGUGUGAUAAGUCCGUCCGAAGCCCACUUCAAUAUGUCAGACCAGGGGUCUGAAGCUUUGAAGUCAGACGAGAAAGUGAUGUCUGAAAGGACAAGUCCGGAUCAGGAUUCUCCUCGAAGUGCUGCCUAUCCGAGUUCUCCUCGAGAUAUCAAGGUGAACGUCUCCGCACCCGUGCUCCGCAGACGACAGCUCAGCCCUCUCAAUCGGUUUAAGAUCCCUGAAUCGCACUUCCGAGCAGAGAGUCCAUCCAGCAAGAACUCUACGGUGUUCGUCAACGAUGUCCCAGAUUUAGGUGGGUCGGUCCGGGGUGACCGCAUUUAUCGGCGCGGUAGGAAGCCUCAGCCACCGACGUUUAAAUCGAAGCUGAGAUCGUCCAAAAUGGGGCACAGAAACCAGCUGGAUUCGCAGAAGAAGGGCCGCGAUUCCGGCGCCGAAGGAGGCGGUGGGGCCCCAAUGGAUGAGAUGGCGCUGAACACCAAGUUCAUGUUGGAGUUCGAGGAGGCGAGCAGGAACGCGCUCGACCCAUACGCCAGCGGGACGGACAUCGAAUCGAUCAGGAAACAAUUCCUGGUGAACACGCUGGCCAAGAAACUCAAGAUCAGCGCUCUGCGCAGCGGACAUUUCGCGGAACUCGACGACAUCCGCAAGAAGAUCGAGCGGCGAAGAAAAUGCGUCGAAGAGAUUUUAGAAGCGAAGAGAAAGACGAGGAGGAUAGCAAGAGAAAAGGAAAUGAAGGAAAACGGGGAAGAUGAUACUGAAUCGAAUCAUAAUCAGAACGAAUAGUGUACAGAGGAUAUAUCUUAAAAGAAGGAAAGAACGAGUAUCAUAACCGGUCAUAAUUUACAGAGUAA